CGCCACGUUGCUUAAAAAAAACAUGGGAUUAUUGUCUGUUUGUCACCGUGCUGUAACUCCAAGAUGAUGAUGAUCCUCUCUGUCUCCAAUCUCUUACGUUUACUCGUCUUUAAAAUGUUUCUUAGUUUUUGACUUUUUUUCUUUCUACCGGCGUCGUUAGUGCCGCCACAUUUACCACGGCGAUUCUUAAUCGAAAUCCACUGCGCUUUUUAUCCCAGUUUGAAAAUAUUCCCCGGAUUUAAGAAAAAUCCAUAAUUGGGAUUUUCUCGCUAAAGUUUUCUGCCUCUCGCACAAUUUGGGAAAACAAAUCCCUUUCUCAUUUCCCAAUUUCCUUUCCUCGAAUCUCGGAAUUUCUACCAAUCGCAAUUAGUUUAGCUGGGGAUUCUGUUUUCCUUGUUGAACUUCCGGCGAAUCUGUAUAUUUAAUUGGUCGUUCCGUUUCAAAGUGCGGUGCUCUUCGAAGAUUGAGGUUUUAAGCGGUAGUGAGAAGAGUAAAUACAUACGAAGAUGACGUUGACGAUCCCAAACGCACCUGGGAGCUCCGGGUACUUGGAUAUGUUCCCAGAGAGAAGGAUGUCGUAUUUUGGGAAUUCUUACAUUCUGGGUUUGACUGUCACUGCCGGAAUCGGUGGUCUUCUUUUUGGUUAUGACACAGGUGUAAUUUCCGGUGCUCUUUUGUACAUUAAGGAUGAUUUCGAAGUCGUUAAGCAUAGCAGUUUCUUACAGGAAACUAUUGUAAGUAUGGCUAUAGUUGGUGCUAUUCUCGGUGCUGCAGCAGGAGGUUGGAUCAACGACUACUACGGUCGUAAAAAGGCGACUAUGUUUGCGGAUGUUAUCUUUGCAGCUGGAGCUAUCGUUAUGGCCGCUGCGCCCGACCCGUAUGUCUUGAUAGCGGGUCGUUUCUUGGUUGGUUUAGGAGUUGGUGUUGCCUCUGUCACUGCGCCGGUUUAUAUAGCGGAGGCAUCUCCGUCGGAAGUGAGAGGUGGACUUGUGAGCACCAAUGUAUUGAUGAUCACCGGUGGACAGUUUCUUUCAUACCUCGUUAACUCUGCUUUCACACAGGUUCCAGGAACAUGGAGAUGGAUGCUUGGUGUUUCAGGUGUUCCCGCCGUUGUUCAGUUCGGUCUAAUGCUUUUAAUGCCUGAAUCCCCUCGAUGGCUUUUCAUGAAGAAUCGUAAAUCAGAAGCCAUUCAAGUGCUUGUGAGAAUGUACGACAUCUCUCGGUUAGAGGACGAGAUCGAUCAUCUUUCCGCGGCUGAAGAGGAAGAGAAGCUAAGGAAACGCACUGUUAGCUACUUGGAUGUUUUUAGGUCCAAAGAAAUGCGACUCGCGUUUUUCGCCGGAGCUGGACUUCAGGCGUUUCAGCAAUUCACUGGUAUCAAUACUGUUAUGUACUAUAGCCCUACGAUAGUCCAAAUGGCUGGAUUUCAUUCAAACCAGCUUGCUCUGUUGCUCUCUCUCAUCGUAGCUGCCAUGAACGCUGCUGGAACAGUCGUGGGGAUUUACUUCAUCGAUCACUGUGGACGGAAAAAGCUUGCGCUCUCAAGCUUGUGCGGUGUUAUAAUCUCUCUCUUGAUCCUCUCGUUCUCGUUCUUCAAGCAAGCCGAUACAUCAUCAUCUGAUGGAGGUCUUUACGGUUGGUUCGCCGUGCUUGGUUUAGCUCUGUACAUUGCUUUCUUUGCACCGGGGAUGGGACCGGUCCCAUGGACGGUGAACUCAGAGAUAUACCCGCAACAGUACCGAGGGAUAUGCGGAGGCAUGUCCGCAACGGUUAACUGGAUCAGCAACUUGAUUGUGGCGCAGACGUUCUUGUCAAUCGCGGAAGCUGCUGGUACAGGGAUGACUUUCUUGAUUUUGGCGGGAAUCGCGGUUCUUGCGGUUGUCUUUGUGAUUGUGUUUGUCCCUGAGACUCAGGGGCUAACGUUUUCCGAAGUUGAGCAGAUUUGGAAAGAGAGGGCUUGGGGAGAUAACAGCGGUUGGUUCAGUAGCAGCGAUAGCAACAACAUGGAGGGUUUACUUGAGCAGGGAUCUCCAUCUGAAGGAUCUUGAGUGGUUCAUGCUCAUGUAUUGUGAAAUCACAAAGUAAACCGGGAUUUGUUCCGGUUUAGCUCUCUGAUAUGAAUGCGAUGUUUUGGAACUGUGUUUGUAAAUAGAUACGUUAAGGGUCCACUUUGGAUUCUAACCUUUUCUAUGUCUUAUAGUAUGUUCUAGAGAUUACCUGUCAGCAAAUCUCUAUGGUGCAUGUGUCACUGAUAAAAAAAACGGUGCGUUUCGCCAUUAAAGACGAGCAGAGAAAAGUCGACAAGAGCAUUGAAGACAUGAUUGUUGAUUCACAAACAUAAGACUUGUCUUAGGAACUGUAUUCCAUUUAUCUUUCUUUUUCUGUUAAAUUAACAGUGUAGUUUAAUUUGUCUUUUUGUCACAACAUUAGUUGAAUUGAUACAAAUGGAGAUGGAACAGAAACAUUUAUUGUAUUGGACACGGCAAUAAAAUU